AAAACAAGAAUCGUUAUAUUCUGGGUUACUUUAGCUGGAGAACAAUGACAAAGCGGCAUUAAUCAAUCACAUACAUGAUGCAGCUACCCGGACACACACGAUGCCUAAUUGAUGCCAGAUUUGGACGGAUAAAGCAGCUGUACCGGAGGUCAGAUGUCGACACCGUAGAUCAUGCGGGUGACGUAGUGAAUAGGUCAUCUCAUAGCAACGAAGCAGUUAUGUAUGGAAACGCUAACUGGACAUGGAGACAAUGGAAAGUUUUUCUUGCAGACAGGUUCAAAAAAGUUCCGAACAUUGCCAAAUAUCACAGUUUUCGCUUCACUGCAGACGAACCCGGGGUUGUUUACAUGAAAGUUUCUUCGACGGACGAAGCGGAAGUGAGAUUUGUCGUCUGCAAGACUCAUCUUCUAGAAAUGGACCCGUCUAGUAUUCCACCGGAACUUUCAGCGGGAGGUCUUAGCUCAGAACGCCAUCGGUAUUUAUAUAGGCACGUUCGACCCCUUGUAAGGCAGCCGAACCGGGACUGUUUUUGUCUCCCUCCAACAGCUAUGGAAUGACGACAGAUUUCAAAAUGUACUGUUCAAGAACGAUAAAGUGAUUAAAUAUACGAAUUUCAGAAAAAAAGUUUUAUUUUCUGAUUAAGGAGGAAACUUUAAAUAAUAGUUAAAAUUACAUUUUGGUAAAAGCAAUAUGACGU